AUACCUCUAUGGCUGUGUGCAUUUGGGAGGCUGAUAUUCCUUUAAGAAUAUCAACAGGUGGAUGGAUGUGCAGGGCUGGAGUUAAGAGGAGGUCUUUAAAUACUUUCAGUUCUUAAGAAAUUCAGUAUUGCACCAGCAGUACUUAGUUAAUCCAGAGCUACAAAGAGAGAAGGUUUUUUAAAAAAACAUAGUAGGAGAAUUGAAAAAGGACAAUUUGGAUCAGUAGCUUAGUCUGCUCAGCUAAACCUGGACAGAACUUUGGGUUUCAGGAUUAUCUUUUGAAAUGGCUCUCCUGUUCUUUGUCUUGGUCUUAACUUUUAUCCAGGCUGAAUUUGAAAGCGUUUCAGCCUCAAAUGUCCUCUUUGGGCCAAAGCAAAUAACUGGAUUGGUGGAAGGUUCUGUGAGUAUCAAAUGCUUCUAUCCUCCCACGAGUGUGAACAUUCAUUCCAGGAAGUACUGGUGCAAGGAAUCAACAAGACACUGUUACACCUUUAUUUCAUCUAAUGGUUUUGUUCUCAAAGAUUACAAAGACAGAGCCUCCAUAACUGACUUUCCAGAGAAUGGCAUGUUCACCAUAAAAAUAUCAGACCUGAGAUUCAAAGACGUGGGUCUAUACAGAUGUGGCAUUGGUUUAAAUGACUAUGGAUUGUCCUUUAAAGUCAAGCUGGAAGUUACUCAAGACCCAGUACUACCCGAGGAAGCGCAACUUUAUUAUGCUGAGCAGCAAAAAACAGUGACUAUGACCUGUGACUUUGGUAUUCAGUAUGCAAGUUCCCGGAAGUACCUUUGCAAGAUGACAAAGACCAGCUGUUACAAUGUGAUUGAUACAUAUGGAAAUGUGGAACCAUCCUACUUAGGAAGAACUCUGUUGACCAAUCUUGGUACACCUGGAUCUUUCAGUGUCAUUAUGAGCCAGUUAAAGAAAGAAGAUUCAGGUUUAUAUCUUUGUGGAGCUGGGAAUUAUGGAGAAGAUGGAGAAUCCAAAAAGCUAGAUCUACAUGUCUAUGAAAAUGGAUUGGCACCUCAGCAACAGUCAGUGUUAAAUGGAGUCCAGGGUGGUUCUGUGACUGUUGAAUGUCAUUAUAAGCCAAAAGAGAAUGAUACAUUGAAAUACUGGUGCAAGUGGAAACAACGUGGAUGUACUGACUUAAUAAGCAGUGAUGGCUUUGUGCUGGAUUCCUAUGAGGGAAGACUUGCGAUGCAUGAUGAUCCAGAAAAUGGCACAUUCACUAUCAUACUGAAUCAACUGCAAAAGGAUGACAUAGGCUAUUACUGGUGUAUGACUAAUGGAAAAACGGAAAGGAAGUCCUCAGUAGAGGUGAAGAUUGUAGAAGGACAACCUACAUUACUAACAAAGAAAGAAGUUCGUGCUGUUGCUGGCUCCUCUCUGACUAUAUCAUGCUCUUAUCCAUGCAAAUAUUUUACAUAUCAGAAAUAUUGGUGCAAAUGGAAGAACACUGAAUGUAAACCUCUCAUUUCAUCUGAACAAAAUCAGACCGGCUUGGUAGUUAACUGUGACAAAGAUAGUGGAAUUUUAUCUUUGAAUUUUGACCAGGUGACACCCGUAGACCAAGGAUGGUAUUGGUGUGGUGUCAAACAUGGGCAGCAAUAUGGAGAAACAGCUGCAUUGCAUCUGCAAGUACAAGGAGUACUUCUAAAUGUUGAAGGAGCAUCCAGAAUCAAUGAAGAGAUUGCCAUUCCUGGAAUAAAUCCUGUUAAUAGGAACUCUCCUAUAGACAAAGCCAAUCAGGCAGCUGAAAGUGAAACUUCAGCAGGCAGCCAUGAUGAAAAUAAGACCUCUGUUGUUCUUCUUGCCACUUUGAUCCCCUUUGGAAUUGUGUUUCUGCUUCUCGUCACUGCUUUUACCAUAAAGAAGUUCAGAUUAUUUAGGAAUUCUGAUCUUGUAUCAGUUGGAAGCUACAGGACAAAUAUCAGCAUGACAGAGUUUGAGAAUGUGAGACAGUAUGGGGCAAAGGACAAUGCACACAUGGGAGAGUUUCAUGAGACCCAAAUGGGAAAGAAGGAUGGUAAUGAGAAUUCAAGUACUUCUGGCAGUCCUAAGGAGGAUGGAAAAUCAAAGAAACCGAAGAGGGGCUCUAAAGAGGAAGCUGAAAUGGCUUACACAACAUUCCUGCUUCAGUCAGAAAACAUUUCUUCUAAAGUAUCCUCAGACCAAUCAGCUGAAUAAUCUCAUUUGGGACAGCUCUGAGGAUCAGUGAAAACUAAUUAUGCUUGAAUGAUUGAAGACAGAUCAUGACUGGAAUCAACAAAUACAUUCUUAUACUCAUUUUGAUAAUUUAUCACAUAAUUUCAGUGUCAUCAUAACUUAUCCAAUUACACACUUCUGAGUUUGAUAUAUUGGUUUAAGAGUUAAACAGCUUUAAGCUUCCUAAUCUUAUUAACAUAACCAACUGUGUUUUGAAAUGAUAUUCAGAAAUUUUGCAUAUGUGAUUUAGUUGUCUUCCUAUAAAAGGCAGAAAUUCUACAGAUCCUAAUGGCGAUGUGUAUUCAUAAAAUACUGGGUUACUCAAUAAGUAGACAUGAAAGGAUUCCCCCACCACCACCAUUAGACUAACCCAGAGGGAUGCGAUGGCUCAGUGGCUAAGAUACUGAGCAUGUUGAUCGAAAGGUUGGCAGUUCAGUGGUUCAAAUUCCUAGUGCCGUGUAACGGGGUGAGCUCCAUUACUUGUCCCAGCUUCUGCCAACCUAGCAGUUCAAAAGCAUGUAAACAAUCCAAGUAGAAAAAUAGGGACCACCUUUGGUGGGAAGGUAACAGCGUUCCGUGCGCCUUUGGUGUUUAGUCAUGCCAGCUACAUGACCACGGAGACAUCUUCGGACAGUGCUGGCUCUUUGGCUUUGUAACAGAGAUGAGCACUGCCCACUAGAGUCGGGAACAACUAACACAUAUGUGAGAGGGGAACCUUUACCUUUACCUUUAAAAUAACUCAAGAUUAAGCAUACUGUAUUUACUCUGGAGAGCUCAGGGAGCAUGCAUCAGAUUAUCUUUUUUUUUUUUUUCAUUUUAAUAAUCUUGUUCUGAUGUCUUUAGGAUGAACAAUAAUGGCUAGUCAUCUAAGUAUAUUUCAGGACUGGACAUGGUUUUUCAUCACCUGACCCUAGCUCUCGUGCACCCUGUACCUUCAUCUGGGAGAAGGGAAGACAGUGAAAGCAAUGGCUCUGGGCUUCACAUAAGGAGGGAGGCCCAUCUAAACCAUUGAUCUUUUGAUUCAAGGCAGUAAAAUUGAUCAAUUAAAGUUUAAUCCCAAAUUAGUUACACAUUUUGGGUUUUACAAUAUAUUUUUCUUUUUUUAAAAAUCAUUGAUAGCAGCAAUCACAACUACAAUUACACCUAUAAUACAAUAAGAAUAUGGUUGUACAGGGGUCUCCAAUAGAUGCCCUCUCCUUGGGCCUUUUAUAAUUUUACAAAGACUCAGGCUACAAUACACUUAGAAACUCCAUUGAUACCAAAUUUAGAAUGCUUUAAAUGUAAAUAUAUUGAAGAAUGGGACAACCUCAAAAAAAAACUCUGAACAGCAGGCAGAAUUAAAUCUCUUACUUUAAACUAAAUCCCAAGAAUUGAAUAAAUUAAACUCACUGCUACAUCUGAACAACAGAAAAAGUCCAAGGACAAAAAUGCAAUAAGAAUAAAUUUAAAAAUAUUUUUGCUUUGUGUGUUUUAUUGUGCAAAUUAACAGUCUGAGUAUUUCCAUGAUAACUGCAGGAUGUCAGCUGUAUAGUCUGCAGACCCUCCACUGUUUUGCAACCAGCCCCAUCAACCAAGUGGCUUAAUAAAUUAUUAACUGGGUGUACUAAAACAUUCUGCAUUCACUACAAUGAAUUUGAUUAAAACCAUAAUCAUCCUCAUAGAUAUUUUAAAGGCAAAACUGAAGGCAAAAGCAUUUGAUACUGAUUAGGAUCCCUGAGUACUAAAUGAUCCUCUGCUGAAUUUAGCUAUUGAUGUGCUUUUGAAAAAUAUUUUUUUAAAAAACAAUUAACCAUCUUUUGUACUACUAAUGAUUUUAUCUGAUCGUUAUGGAAUCAAUGAUUUGAAGACACAUGUAAUGUUUAUUAUGUUAUGUUUUCAUGAAUAAAUAUUUGAAUAUUUGAUUAAA